ACAUUCUUAUAUACAUAUGUGAAUAAAUAUAUAGAUAUGUAUUAGCCAGAAUUAAUUUAUUACAUAUAAAAAAAAAUAUAUAUAUAUCGAAUAUUCUAACUUAAACUGAUCAUCUGUAAUAAGAAUUUCCACCCUUCUUUUAAAAGCAACUGAUGUCGAAGGGGGUUUUGCUGACAUCGGUGGGGGAGGAAGUGCUGGUGCGGAGGAUGCACCUUCUUCGGUCAUCUGCCCGGCAGUGGUGUGUUCCAUACCAGAGGAAGUUGGUUGUACUGAAGUGCCUGGUGUCUGCUGUUCUCAGUGGAUCUGUGGUGAUGGGCCAAGAGAAUGCACUCUCGAAACGGGCGAAGUCUAUCAGAUCGGCGAGACGUGGACCAACGACUGCGAGACAUGCAACUGUAUGUAUACCAGUGAAGGAGCCGACAUCAGGUGCUACAAACGCUACUGCAUUCCGGCGCCACACAAGGCAUGCGUAGAAGUGUUUACGGAAGGGGAAUGCUGCCCGGAUUACCAUUGUAGCAGCACGACCUGCCAGUACGAGAACCGCUACUACGGCGUCGGAGAAUCGUGGCAGACGGUCGACAACUGCCAGACGUGUUCCUGCAGCGAAGGCGACCCGAUUCCCGAGAUAAAGUGCGAUGAACCCGAGGUUUGCAGGCCGGCGCCCAACCCCGCGUGCAGGCCGAUCGUCUCCGUCAAAGAGUGCUGUCCGGUGGCUUGGGAUUGCACAGAUGCCUACCUGAUCACGGUGCCCAAGGUGUUCGUGCGGGGAGGCCAGUCGACGGUGUGUGUGUUCCUCGAGGACGACCUACCUAUCUCGGUUAACCUUACCGUUGCAAUGACGAUCGGGCUGGAUGAAAUUCAUGCCACAGUUCUUGAUACAGUGUCGGACAGCCAUGUGUGUGUGGACUUCCACGUGCCCGACGGCGGCGACGCUUCUGGCUACCUGUCCAUCAUGGGAACCGUCGGCGCCGUCCACGUGUCUAAAGAGCUGAGGAUCCACCUCCUCUCCGUCAGUAAGACUUUCGUGCAGACGGACAAGUAUCUGUACGAGACAGGGCAGUCGGUGCAGUUCCGCGUGCUGAGUGUCAAGGGCGAGAGGGCUGCCAUCUCCUACGAGGCCCUGGACGAGGUGUGGAUAACCUCGCCCAUGGAGACGCGGCUGAUACAGUGGCUCAACGUCAGUAACGACCGCGGCCUCGUGCAGCUCGAGUUCCCGUUGGCCGAGCACGUGCAGGAGGUCAGUCUUUCGGGUCGCGUGGUUCAGGUGGUUUAG